AUGGUAUCAAAUAAAGUGCAAUCGUCAUUAGACGAUUUAGUUCAUUAUACACAACUUUUUAGACCGGUGCCCACUGUUUUACAAGGGACUGUGUUGCCUUUCUUAAUAGUUUAUCCCUUAGUGUUUUAUUCUUGGAUUGCGGUUUAUGGGUUCGAGGAGAAUUUCGAAGCAGGAUUCGUGACUGUUGCUGUAGUGGCAACGAUUCAAAUUCUUAUAUGUUUGUGUUGUUACUGGAGUGUGCACAUCCAGUGCUUCCUCUCCUGCUCUGCGGUAAAGGAUCCGAUUCAGGCUGAGAUUGUUAAAGUUGUUCCCACAUCAAAUAAUGGAUUUUCAGAAAUAGUUAAACUGCAUCAUACUAAGUCAACCAAAAAGGGCAGCAUAUAUCCUGAUGUUUGGUUUUCUUUUCAAAAGAGCAAAUAUGUUUAUGAUUGGGAUAAAAAAACAUUUUCUACUGUGGAAUUCCCUGUUCAUCAUACCUAUGAGGAAUAUAUGGAAACAAAAGGUUUCCUAGAUGAUGAAACAAUUGUAACGGCUGAAAAAGAAUAUGGAAAAAAUGAAAUGAUAAUGGUCGUGCCAGAAUUUAUGGAACUUUUCAAAGAGAGGGCUACUGCACCAUUUUUUGUUUUUCAAGUAUUUUGUGUAGCUCUGUGGUGCCUUGACAAAUACUGGUAUUACUCUAUUUUCACACUUGUGAUGCUUGUUAUGUUUGAAUGCACUUUAGUUCAGCAGCAACUGCGAAAUAUGGCUGAAAUUAGGAAAAUGGGUAACAAGCCUUAUAACAUCAAUGUCUAUAGAAAUAGAAGAUGGCGUCAGAUUAUGAGUGACCAAUUAGUUCCUGGUGAUGUGGUAUCCCUCACAAGAUCUACUAAUGAAAAUCUAGUACCAUGUGAUAUAGUGCUCUUGAGAGGUUCAUGCAUAGUUGAUGAGUCCAUGUUAACUGGUGAGAGUGUCCCACAAAUGAAAGAGCCUGUUGAAAAUGAAAAGAAUCUAAAACAGAAUCUUGAUCCUGAAGGAGACGGUAAAUUACACAUGUUAUUUGGAGGUACAAAAAUUGUACAGCAUUCAUCACCUAGCAAAAAUGGCUCUUCGGCUCUUAAGGCCCCUGAUAAUGGUUGUAUUGGUUAUGUGAUCCGUAAUGGAUUCAAUACUUCCCAAGGAAAAUUACUUAGAACAAUUUUGUUUGGUGUUAAAAGGGUUACAGCUAAUAAUCUUGAGACAUUUGGUUUCAUAUUAUUCCUGUUGAUAUUUGCAAUUGCAGCAGCUGCCUAUGUUUGGAUUAAGGGCUGUGAAGACCCUGAGAGAAAUAGAUAUAAGCUAUUUUUGGAAUGCACCUUAAUAUUGACCUCUGUAGUGCCUCCUGAAUUGCCUAUUGAAUUAUCAUUAGCAGUUAACACAUCACUGUUGUCAUUAUCAAAGUUAGCUGUAUUUUGUACAGAACCUUUUAGAAUACCUUUUGCUGGAAAAGUAGAAAUAUGUUGUUUUGAUAAAACUGGCACCCUUACUAGUGAUAAUUUAGUAGUAGAGGGUGUGGCUGGUAUUGGUGACAACAAAGAUGCCACUGUUAUACCUCUAUCAGAAGCUCCCAUGGAAACUAUCCAAGUUUUGGCAUCAUGCCACUCUUUAGUUCAGUUGGAUGAUGGUGUAGUGGGAGAUCCUUUAGAAAAAGCUACAUUAAAAGCAGCUGAGUGGAAUCUUACCAAGGGUGACGCAGUAGUCCCAAAGAAAGGAAAAUCCCCUGGAUUAAAAAUAGUUCAUAGAAAUCAUUUUUCAAGUGCUCUUAAGAGGAUGUCCAUAAUAGCUGGUUAUCAAGUGAAUGAAAGAGGAUUUAUGGAGAACCAUUAUAUUAGUAGUGUGAAAGGAGCACCUGAAACAAUCAAAACUAUGCUUAAAGAAGUUCCUAGUCAUUAUGACCAUGUUUAUUUAACUUUAUCCAGAAGAGGUGCAAGGGUUUUGGCAUUGGGUUACAGGAAUUUAGGAAAAUUAAGUUCACAGGAAAUUAGAGACUUGACAAGAGAAGAUAUAGAGUCUGAUUUAACUUUUGUUGGGUUUGUUAUUAUAUCAUGUCCCUUGAAGAGUGAUUCUAAGAAAGCUAUAGCUGAAAUAGUACAUGCCUCACAUUCCGUUGUUAUGAUUACUGGUGACAAUCCUCUGACUGCAUGCCAUGUGGCUAAAGAAUUGAAAUUCACACAGAAGAGUGAAGUGCUUAUAUUAACACAGACUGAUAAUAAAUGGAGUUGGAAGUCAAUAGAUGAAGAAGUAGAUUUACCAGUGCAACCUUUUAAAACAUCAAAACAGUUGACUUCGAAAUUUGAUCUGUGUAUAACUGGCGAAGGUCUGGCAUUUCUUAAUGAACAUCAUCACACAUUUUUGCUUGAAUUAAUGCCUCAUAUUAAGGUAUUUGCUAGAUUCGCUCCUAAGCAAAAGGAGUUUGUCAUAAUCACAUUGAAGGCUUUGGGUCAUGUCACCCUUAUGUGCGGAGAUGGUACCAACGAUGUCGGCGCUUUGAAACAUGCUGAUGUGGGUGUAGCGAUCUUGGCGAAUGCUCCAGAGCGGCCUCGCGAGAAGCCUCGAGAGGAGCGGCCAUUAGACGUAGAAGUUCCGCGUCGUCCGACCGGCAGCCGCGUGGACGCUCGCGCCGAGGCUCGCGCCGAAGCCGCUGCCAGACUGCGCCGCGCCAUGAAGAAACUUGAGGAGGAAGACCAGCCCCAACUUGUCCGCUUGGGCGACGCGAGUGUUGCUGCGCCCUUCACCAGUCGCCUCUCCAGCAUACUUUGCAUUUGUCACAUAAUCAAACAAGGCCGCUGCACUCUGGUCACAACUCUUCAAAUGUUCAAGAUCUUGGCCCUGAACGCGCUAAUCUUGGCGUACAGUCAGUCGGUGCUGUACCUCGAUGGCAUCAAAUUCAGCGACACGCAGGCCACGUUGCAAAGCCUGCUGCUGGCCUCGUGUUUCCUCUUCAUCUCCAGGUCGAAGCCAUUGAAGCAGCUGUCGAAGCAGCGCCCCCUACCGAACAUCUUUAAUCUGUACACGAUCAUGACGGUGCUCACGCAGUUUGCUGUGCACUUCUUGUGUCUCAUCUAUUUGGUGCACGAAGCAACCGCGAGGUCGCCUGGAAGGGACACAAAACCUAAACUCGACAUGGAUUUGGCUGAAGACGAGGAGCAUGAGUUUGCGCCUGAUCUGCUCAACAGCACUGUCUACAUAAUCUCUAUGGCUUUGCAAAUAUCCACGUUUGCAAUUAACUACAGGGGUGAGCCGUUCAUGGAGGGCUUGCGGGAUAACAAGCCGCUGCUAUACAGCAUCGUGGCUUCAGGCGGCGCGGUGCUGGCACUCGCCGCGGGAAUAUUCCCCGAUCUCUCCAAUAUGUUCGAAAUCGUCUACUUCCCACCGGACUACCGAGUGAUAUUAGUGCAAGUGCUGAUAGCUGACAUGGUAUUCGCGUACUUGGCCGAUCGCGUUUGUCUAUGGCUCUUCGGCGAAGGAUUCGCGCGCAAAGCGACGUAA